CACACGUAAAGUUUACAUUGUUGAUCAGAGCUGAGAUGUCUUUACAUGAAACUGUGGGAUCUGUACUGAAGGACACUAACUAGGAGGACUGGAAGUCAAAGGGACUGUGUUUUGGUGAGUCUUGUUAUUGAAAAGAAAUCUGGAAAUCAGUGGAAAUGGCUGAGAAAGUUGCUCUUCUUGAAAGUUUCCUGAGUUGCCACGUGUGUUCAGAGACUUUCAGAGAUCCUGUAUCUCUGAGCUGCAGCCACAGUUUCUGUUCAAGCUGCCUGCAGAAAUUCUGGGAACAAGCUAAAAACAAAAACUGUCCAAUUUGUAAAAGGAAAUCCUCUAAAGAGUUUCCUGGGAUAAACUUUACACUGAAGGAACUGGCUGAUUCCUUUGCUGGGAGACAGAAACCUGGAUCAUCUGAGACAGAAAAAGUAGAGAAGAAAGUGGAAGUGGUGUGUAGUAAACAUCCAGAAGUUCCUUCUUGGUUCUGUGAGGACGAGCAGAGAUCUCUAUGUCCUGUCUGUGAGUUUUCUCUCCACCAGAAUCACAAAGUGGUUCCUAUAGAACAAGCAGUCAGUGACCUGAAGGACCAGCUGAAAUGUGACUUAAAGUCUCUGCAGGACAAGAGGGACAAAUACAAACAAGUGGAGAAAAAAUACAGUGAAAUGAGAGAACACACCAAGAAGCAGCUGUUGUCCACAGAGAGGCAGAUCAGAGCAGAGUUCUACAAGCUCCAGCAGUUCCUGAAAGAGGAAGAGGAGUCCAGACUGGCAGCUCUGAGGGAGGAAGAGGAGCACAAGGGGAAGACUAUCAGCAGAGAGAUGAAGAGGAUUCAGGAGCAGAUCUCCUCUCUGUCAGACAGCAUCUGUGCUGUUGAAGAAGAGCUGCAGAAACACAAGGUGGCGUUCCUCAGCACUUAUAAAGACACUCAGACCAGAGCCAGAGCCCAGAGCUCACUGUCAGAUCCACAGCUGCUCUCAGGAGCACUGAUAGAUGUGGCCAAACACCUGGGCAACCUGUCCUUCAGAGUCUGGGAGAAGAUGAAGGAGAAGGUCCACUUCAGUCCUGUCAUUCUGGACCCAAACACUGCAAACUACUGGCUCUAUCUGUCUGAUGAUCUGACCAGUGUGAGAGAUGGAGACACAGAGCAGCAGCUUCCUGAUAAUCCAGAGAGAAACACUAAGUAUCCUGAAGUUCUGGGCUCUGAGGGCUUCAGUUCAGGGAAACACAGCUGGGAGGUGGAGGUGGGAGAUCAUCCUCGCUGGAAUGUGGGUUUGGCUAAAGAGUCAAUUGACAGGAAGGGAGAGUGCUAUGCCUCACCAAAAGAUGGAUUCUGGUGUUUAAAACAAGAAGAAGAAAAUAAAUACUCUAAUGGUGCUGAUCAGACUGUCAGAGUGAAGAAGAGUCUCCAGAGGAUCAGAGUCCAGCUGGACUAUGACAGGGGGGAGGUGUCCUUCUACCACCCUGAAGACAUGACUCACAUCUACACUCACAGACACACUUUCACUGAGAAACUCUUCCCAUAUUUACUUAUUGGACAGUCUGGUGAUGCCAAAACUACCGAUAUCAAAAUCUGUCCCUCUGAGAUUUGUCUGUGAUGAUCAGGAAAGUUAGUUAAUUGUCCAAACUCUCAUCUUAAAAUCAUCAAAAUAAUUCCAGGUUUAUUUCACUCUUAACUCAUCAUCACACCUUACAGUCAAACCUUCAUUCUUGAUCUUCAUAUUUUUCAUUCUGUCUUUAAAACACAUUUGAUGUCACUUCAUAGUUUUUAUCACUGUGCCUCAGUUGUGAAAUCUGUUAAACAACCAAAAUGAUUUUCAUGAACAAAACUAUUAAAAGCUGUUAAAAAGUGCUGAAACUACAUUUUCUCUGCUUUGAAUUCAGAGUGUUUAAAUGAGAUGCGAAGAAGCAGAUUAAACAAGAGAUGAUUUAGAGAAGUAAAAGAUCCACUAAACACUGAAACUGGAUCACAUCAUUAGUUUAAAGGUGAAAAAUGUUGAAAUGUGUACAAAGUGAGGCUGAUUAUUUAAAUGUAGAUUAUUAUCCUGGUUAGCAGCAUCUGGACUCAUCAGCUGGAUCAAAUACUUUGUUUCUGCUUGUUUGACUUUUUUCUUUUAUUGUCAUCAGUCAUCUUUCUACUUUGUGGCAUUUCUUCAUUUAUUGUUGAGUUCUUUUAGUUUUGAAAAUGUUUUAUUGUUGUCCAUGAUGGAUGUCAGCUUCCUCCUCUCACCCACCUCCUAUUUGAGUCCAGACGAUGGUUCAGGACAGAGCUGGUGCUACUGAUCAGUUUGCUCAGUAAUGCAAAUGAUGUUGGUAUUAAAUGAGAGAGAGAGAAAAAAAGAGAUGUUUUCUUUUUCAGUUAAGUAGUCUUGAGACAGCAUUUUAUUGCUGACUGAUGAUUGAAGUCUGAGUUUUUAGUGGUUCACUCGUAAGGUCUCAGUCUUCCUGGAUCAUGACUGUAAGUGUGUGCGUGAUAUAUGUAUAUAUGAAUUUAGGAAUAUAUUUAAAUCACUUUAACAUUUAUGUUGUCACAGCAUACAUUUAAAUGAAUUUAUUUUGUCACACACAGAAAUCCAUCAAAAAUAAAUAUAAUACAUAAUGAUGUGAUUAUGAUAAAUAAUGAAUUUGAAACAUGAAUCUACCGAUAAUAGGCAAUACAUUUUUAUACAUUUUAAGUAGUUGUUUGCAAUCAUUUUACAUUCGAAACCCUAACCCUAAACCUUGCACACCUGUUUUUCUGUCAAUUGGCAUUAAUUUGGAGGAAUCUGUUUUCAUUUUGACAUGAUGGAGUCUUUUUAUUUUUUAUUUUUGUAAAUUCUUGACAUAAAAGCCAAAUUAAAUUGACCCCAAUUCAAUGUUUGAAAAGCAAUAAAAAGUGAAAACUUCUAAGAAGGGUGGACACUUUUUUAUAGGCAAUGUAAGUGCCCCAGUGACAAAAGUCAGCAGCUUAAUAUAUAUUUAUAUAUAUAUGAUGAAAUUAUUUUAACAACGACCAUGAUGCUGCAUGAAGAUUUCAGGACAUUUCCUUUGAAAUUAGUCAUUGUAUUGGUUAUUUUUAAG